AUGGGCUGCGAUUUAUCCAAAGUAUACAACGUCGAUAUUCAUUUAGAAAACGAGCUGGCUGUUUUCGAACCAAGGGAUGAGGUUGCCGGUCAUGUGAUCAUUCAGGCAGAGGAGGACACCGUAAUUGACAUCCAACUUCAAGGACGAAAUACUCCACCCGGUCCAACGGGUGCUAUCAUUCAUCCACGUGUCGCACUCCACCUGUUAUGGAGAAGGCAGUACUCCAAACAUACUCAACUUUAUCCGGACAAACAAGGAACUUUUGGCAAAAUCUUCCUUGGGAAUGCACCAAUCUGCAAGGCUCGGGCCGCGUUUGCUAACUUGCGACACCUAUGGCGUCAGAAUGGUUUAUCUCUGAAUCUGAAGGGACGUGUGUAUCAAACUACAGUACGGGCUGUUUUGUUGUAUGGCUGUGAGACUUGGCCUAUUCGAGCAGCGGACCUGAGA